GUCUCAGCGGCACGGCCGGAUUAAUCUAACCCCACCCCCCGACCAGGCAGCGUCCGGGCCGGAUCCACUGUCCGAGCCGUCGGCCAGGUUUUGAGGUGUUUUUUUUUUUAUUCAUUGGCGGAGUUUGUUUCCGACGAGAGGAUUAUGACACCCCGACGGGAGCGCUGACAGACCGGGAACAUCGGAGCACAGGGAGACCACUGACACUCCACAGACAGGACGAGGAAGCCGUCCCUGCAGAACCGGGGGUUGCAUUACCCCAACUCACCAUUCCUCAUCCUUGAGCCCUGACCUUUGACCACUGCCCCCUUUCCAACCAUGGCACACCGAUCUCAGAGUUCAUCAGUUGGUGAUAACCCCCUAGAUCCGAACUACCUGCCACCCCACUACCGCGAGGAGUAUCGUCUGGCUAUUGAUGCCCUGGUAGAGGAAGACCUACAGGGCUACUAUGAGUUCCUCCAAAGUGCGGACGUGGUUGAUUUCCUGGCACAGCCUGAAAUUGAACAUAUCAAGUCCACAAUCCAGGCACCCUACCAGGUCUCCAAUGCACCAGAGCUGACCUACCAUGAAAGAGCCAUGGAGGAGGACGGCUCCUCUGACACCUACUGGCCGGUGCACUCAGACCUGGCUGCCCCGGGGCUCGACCUGGGCUGGCCAAUGCAGCAGCACAGCUUCAUUGGUCCCACGGAGGUCACCACCCUGGUUAACCCCUCUGACCCAGACAUGCCCAGCAUCAAGGAACAAGCUCGGAGGCUCAUCAAAAAUGCACAUAAAGUUAUUGCUGUGGUAAUGGACAUGUUCACAGAUGUAGACAUUUUUUCGGACCUCCUGGAUGCAGCAGCUCGUCAUGUUCCCGUCUAUAUCCUGCUGGAUGAACAUAAUGCCCAUCACUUUGUCGCCAUGGUGACCAACUGCAGAGUCAAUUUAGACUUGGUUCAUACGAUGCGUGUCAGGACAGUCUCAGGAAUAACAUAUUUUUGCCGGACGGGGAAGUCAUUCAAGGGGCAGGUGAAAGACCGCUUCCUUUUGGCUGACUGCAGGGCAGUACUCAGUGGGAGCUACAGCUUCAUGUGGUCCUUUGAGAAGAUCCACCGCUGCAUUGCCCACCUUUUUCUGGGGGAGCUGGUCACCACGUUUGAUGAAGAGUUCCGCAUUCUCUUUGCUCAGUCACAGCCUCUCAUCAUUGACCAGUCUGUAGUGCCACUUGCCAGAUCGGAUACCAGCAGCACCAGCAGUUACCUAAGCAGCCAGUUUGGUUUAAAGAGAACCCAGUCACUGCUGAACCCCAGGAGUUUCCUCCGACAACCUGAACUUCCCUCUGCCCUCUCCUAUGGAGACUCUGAUCGUAAUGCAGCACUUCCGUUCAGGAGGAAUGACUUGUUUCGACACAGCAUGGAACCUGGGGCAGGAAUUACAAUUGGAAAGUAUUCACAGCAACAGUUCCGUUUACAACAGUCAUACCUGGAGCAGGGAAGGUCCAUCGUGUCCAGACAGAUGGAGAUGAGCUCUAGUGCCUUCAAGAGGCACAGCUAUGCAGAGGGAACCCAAGAGAGCUACUCUUCCUCUAGGCAAUAUAUGAAGCAGAGAGUCAUGAAUAAUCUGGAUGAGAUGGACUACCACAGGGAGCAGUCCCAAGAAGGCCAUUAUUUCCAUGAAGGGUCUAGACCUGGAUCUGGUCACGGACAUUAUGACAGACAUAGAGACCGAGUAAAACACCUUGCCAUAGAUCAGUAUUCAGACUCAAGCUUCCCAUCAGAGCCAGAACCCCUUCCUCCUGGACACUAUGGCCAAGACUACCUUUCAUCUGAUGACCUGAGGGGAACUGAAGGAUGCCAGGGACCACCCAUAGCAGGAAGGUAUGGUGGAGGUUCAUCACACAAGAGGCCAAGCAUCGGCCAAGCUUAUGUCUGUCAGAGCUCUCCCACGCAGCCACACCCUCCGGAAAAGCACGCUUUUCCCAAGCAAUCUGAUCAAGACCGGGAUCAGGACUCAAGUGUCAAACAGGGCCUGAGAAGUUGGAGGAUAAACUCCUAUCUCAGCACUUAUGAGGAUGGUGGAGAGGAAGGCCUGCCUCAACCUAUGGGGCCUGAUGCAUUUGAGGACCAACCAUCAUUUCAGCAACCAAAUGCUGCUGAAACCUCCGCACCCCGUUUUGGGAAAAUAGAGCAACCAAAUGUUCUGUCCAAACCAGAUAUUCUGAGACCACGCUAUGGGAAGCCCAUCAUACCUGAAAACAAACACUCUGCACAUACGAAAGCAACAAGGGAUCCAAUUUCCUCAGGCACGGACUUUAAGCCAUCGGUACUGGAUAAAGAGAGGGAAAGGGAGGCAGAGAGGGAGAGGGAGAGAGAGUGGGAGAGAGGAGGAACAAGGGAAGUGGGUGUGGAUGUUGAGGCUAAAGAGACUCCAGAGAUCACCCUUUCCAAACACGAAUCAUUCCGCACGCGUAUCAACCCACUUCUGCAGCGGAGCUCCCGUCUACGAUCCUCGCUGAUAUUCUCAUCUUCCAAAGUGGAGACACACAGUGGUGGCUUGGGCCUAAGGCCGGCUGCAGAGGAAGAUGAGCAGUCUGACCCUGUCCGCACCUCCUCCAUUGUAGCCCAGAUUUUGGAGAAGAGGAGGUCUAUGUCUCGUGAGCCUUUUGAAUGGAGGAAGAAGGCAGAGGAGAAGAGAGAGAAGGAGAAAGAGACUGACAAGGGAAAAGAAGAAACGCAAUUGAAAAAUGAGAGUCAAUCUAAAGAAGAACCUCAAAAAAUUAGCCAAGAGGUAAAGACUCCAAUAGAUGAAGAGACUCUUAGUGUUACCAAAGAGCCUCUCAAAACCCAGGAAACAUCAUCCCUGAACAUGAAUGAUCCCGCUAGUCGACUGCAGUAUUUUAAAGAUCUGGCUGCCAAGAGGAAACUCUCAAAGGUGGGGACAGAGUCAUCACUAAAAGGUGCAGAGCCAGCCGAAAAAAAGCCCGGUCUUUCCGAAAAGUCUCCUGCAAACACUAGCACAAUGACUCCUAAUGUCCCACCUGUCUCGACGUGCCCACCAGCACCUGAACCAAAGAAGUCUUCAAUCUCAUCAAAAUUGGGGGAGCUUACCCAGAGAUCUUCAUUUAGUGCAAACAAACCAUCUAUCACCGCUGAUAAGCCCUCAGUAACUGUGAAGCCUUCAGCGCAUGCGCCAACUCAGAAAGAGGAGAAUGUGACAGAGGUUUCGAAAAAAGAUCCCUUCAAGUCUCUGAAGCCCUUCCCUUCACCUAAAUUAUUCAAGAGGGAUCCAUUGAAGCUUAAAGGACUGAAUCCUCGCCGAAUCUCCUGCGGUGAGGAGAUUGUGACAACAGAUGCUACAGAUGCAGAAAAGAGUGAGCUGAAAAAGACACGCCCUCACAGUUCCUCAACCAUGACGAGUGCUGAGUCAAAGGAAAUGCUUCAUAAGCUCAUGGGCUCUAGUACCUCCAUCAACAUGCUAGGGGGUGAAGGGAAGAGUGAGGGUAAACCGCUCGAUUUCCUCAAGAAGCAAACGCAGAGGCUGAAGGGAUUCCUGGGGCCAAAGGAUAAAGAAAAGAAAUCUGCGACAGAAACAGAUGAUAAGAAUUUGAGCACUGUAAUGGGAGGAAAGCAGACUUCAUCUUCCAAAGACACAGGAUCCAUCAACACAGAUCAAUCCUCAGCCAAUCACAAAACAUCAGGAACAGCUACGAUGGGUUCAUCCCGGUACCAGACCUCCAGCAGCUCUGUUCUGUUCAGCAGCAACCUGCGAGAUGACACAAAGGUCAUUCUGGAACAGAUCUCAGCCAACAACCAGAAGACCCGAUUGGAGCGAGAGGAAACAGCAGGGGACAAAGAAAGUGAUGGAAGAGAGAAGGGGCUGGACAAACAGAACUCUUUACAGGGAAACAGAUUUCCACGACCUCAGGCUAACCCUCUGGAGAGGGAGGGGUUGUUGAAAAGGAUAGAGAGUAUGAGAAAGGAGAAGAAGGUCUACAGCCGCUUUGAGAUGGGAAAUACCCUGGGAUAGCCACAGAUGGAGACCUUUGUUCCGGAUGCCGUGUUUAUACGGGUUGAUCAAAAAGACCCAUUUCCCAUAUGUGCCAACAACACCGUCAAAGUACCUCAAUAGCUGUACACUGCAAUCUUGCUGGGUUUUCACGUAAAGAAAUAAAGCUUGAAAAGACAAACUAUAUAAAAGCUGAAGACAUUGAUGUUUUGGAGUCUGGAAUGUGCAUGUGUGCCAAGCCCUGGCACUAUUUUUGCCUUUUAUGGUGACUAUGUGGAAGAGAAGUGAAUCUGACUCCAUACUGGCUGCAUGGAGCAAUGCUUCAUCAACAGCAAUGGUAGGCCAACUGUCACUUAUAACUUUGGGUUUGUAUGAAUGUAUACCUGUGAGUGAAGAUGUUAAAGAAACAAAGAGGAGCAAGUGCAUCCCCUGUGAUGAAAGCAAAUCAACUCUCAACAGCCAAGAAACAACCCUGUACAUAACUGCAGAUGCUUAGUUCUCGUUCUAUGUAUCUACAUGUGUAUGCGUGUCCGUGACUUGUGAGGAAAUUGGUAAUGUUGAAAGUAUGCCUCUGUGGGUUUACGCUGUGCCAUUGGCCUGCUAUAGCCCUCACCAAAUCCAGAACUACUAUCAUUAACCAAACCAAAGAGAGCAAUGAAGAGGAGCCACAGAUAGGGUGAUGAAGGGAGAAAUGAAAUGGCAAGUUUGUAAAAUUAAAGAGGGUGAAGAGAGGAAAAACAGCAAGCAACUGGAAGACGUGUAAUGUUUUCCACUCGUGAGGAUUAGAAUUUCUAAUUCUAUCCAGUACUUUUGGAGGCAACGGUGGGAGUAUUUCCACAGAAAUUUGAGUCUGUGAUGAACUUUACCCACACGAGAGUGGAAUGUACCUUUCUAUUAGGUGUGGCCCCACUUCUCAGGACUUACUAUGUAAACCCAUCGUUCAGGGAAGGGCUAAGCCUGCUGGGGCACAGGAGCAGAGAAAAAAAGUAAAGGAAAAAAACUCAGAUUAUUAGCACUUGCCAUUAUUGUAUAGAUUAUGUAAUGGGAGAUGUGUAACAUCUGGCCCUGUAUCACUGCCUAGAACAACUUGUAUGACUGAAUAAUGAGCACUCAUCCGUCUUUCCUUAUGGGACUAUGUUAGGUCAGUCAUUGCCUGUACAGGAGAGGAGCGCAGGAUGGAUAGCUACAUUUCACAUUAGUGGAGCAGGGCUGUGCUUCCUUACAUAAGAUGAUACUUUUAAGACCUACACCUUUACAACAGGGUGGCUAACCUGUUUGUCUGUCUGCAAACAUUGUUCUACAAAAGCUCAGGCUAUCUUGUAUCAUUCCAAGCAUAGUUCAAUAGUGUGUCCCAUAUGUAGCUACUACAGGCCUACAAUGAACGAUAUGGACACUUUAGGAGUUCAAUAGUGUGUCCCAUAUGUAGCUACUACAGGCCUACAAUGAACGAUAUGGAUACUUUAGGAAUCAUCCUGUUUCUACAAAGGUUGUUAUUGUACAUAUUUAAAUAAAUAAAGGGCUGGACAAUAAUUACUCUUAACAAGUUAUAAUCACCUUCACUGUGUUCUCAAAGUGCCUUGUAGUAUCAAUUCUAAACUUCUGUACGACCAUUUGAUCUCUGCAAUAAAAUGAAUUGGCACUAAAGGGAAUUUGUCGCAGGGAAAUGUUUUCUUUUUAAAUCUUGGACUCUGUUGUAUUUUAUAAUGUUACGCUGUAAAGAUUUGUCUGAUAUUAAAUCUCUUCAG